AUGGCCGUCAACAAGACCAUUUACGUUGUGACCACCGCCGAAGGUAUCUCGACCAUCCAUUCCACCCAGGAUGCCGCAAACACCGCUGCCAACGCCCUUGAAGGUGCUUCCGUGGAGGAGCACGAGCUGAGAACGACCGGCAAGAAGGGCACGAAGAAGCGAACCGCAUCCUCCGGCGAAUCUGGUGCAGCACCCACCAAGAAGGCAAAGACCACCAAGCCUGAUGCUCAGCCACUGGAGGGCGUCGACGACGUGUUCCUGGGCAAGAAGAUGUGCUUCAUCGGAUCCAUGAAGCUGAAGCGCGAACUCAUGGAGCAAACGGCCACGAACCACGGUGCCGCCUCGACCACUAAGAAGAUGUCAGAGGCAGAUGUCAUCGUCACUGGCACCCGAUUGAGCGAGAACCAGACUCAAGAGAUCUCUGACAACGCCUUCCGCACCAUCACCGAGGACGAGUUCAAGAUCUGGCUCACCACUGGUGAUGAGCCAGCAGAGUGA